UGAAUGCAUCUUCCCUUUCUCUUCAAUAUAUAAAGGACUCAUGGAGCUAUAGGCCAUAUUCUCACACUACACAUAUUAUUGAUUAUCUAUUGAAUAUACUCUUAAACUCUCAGCAUGGCUUCUGUUGGAUCAUGGUCCACUGGCUUAUUUGACUGCUUCUCUGAUACUAGCUCUUGUUGCCUCACUUUUUGGUGUCCUUGUGUUAGCUUUGGAAGGGUAGCUGAGAUUGUGGACAGAGGAACAACUUCUUGUUGUAUGCAUGGAGUGCUUUAUUGCGUACUUGGUGGUUUUAGUCAUUUUGGGUCAAUCUAUGCAUGCAUUUAUCGUACAAAAUUAAGGAGAGUUUAUGGGAUUGAAGGAAACCAAACAUGUGACUGUAUUAUUAGUUGUUGCUGUGGCCUAAUAUCCAUUUGCCAAGAGCAUCGAGAGCUAGAAGCUCGCGGCGUCAACGUGUCCGCAGGUUGGGAUGGGAACAUGCAAAUGGGUACAGGAGGGGCAAGGCAGAUGCAGGCUCCAGCAGUGGAAAUUGGCAUGGCUCGUAAUCACUGAUUCACAUAUCCAUUUGUGUUGUCAUGAAUAUUUACUUUUUAUUUGUAUUAUGAUUUUCAUUUCAGUUGUGGUGUGAUUUUUUUUUUUUUCUUUUGGGAUUUGCUCGUGUUUUCUUUGAUCUAUAUGAAUAUG